CGUAGGAGAAUUGAACUCAUCCAAGAUUUUGACAUGCCUGCUGUUAGCAACAAGCUCAAGGUGUCGAGGGAUGGCCAGUAUGUCCUGGCAACUGGAACAUAUAAACCAAGGGUUCGUUGUUUCGAUACCUAUCAAUUAUCAAUGAAGUUUGAAAGAUGUUUAGAUGCUGAAGUGGUUACAUUUGAUAUUUUAUCCGAUGAUUACUCCAAGAUAGUUUUCUUGCAGUGUGACAGAUAUGUGGAAUUUCAUUCGCAACAUGGCCGUUACUACAGAACAAGAAUACCAAAGUUUGGUAGAGAUUUUUCAUACCACUAUCCAUCAUGUGACCUGUACUUUGUAGGAGCAAGCUCGGAAAUAUACCGAUUAAAUCUGGAACAAGGAAGAUAUUUGAAUUCUUUACAGACAGAUGCUUCGGAGAAUCAUGUCUGUGACAUAAAUUCAGCACAUGGCUUGUUUGCUACUGGAACAAUUGAGGGAAAAGUGGAAUGCUGGGAUCCCAGAACAAGAAAUCGAGUUGGGGUGCUGGAUUGUGCGUUAAGCAGUGUGACAGCAGAUAAAGAGGUAGAAGGUUUGCCAUCUGUUUCAGCCCUGAGGUUUGAUGGAGCUUUGAACAUGGCUAUUGGAACAUCCACAGGGCAGGUCUUGCUUUAUGAUCUCCGCUCAAGUAACCCGUUAUUAGUGAAGGAUCAUCAGUACAACUUGCCUAUUAAAUCAAUCCAGUUCCACAGUUCCUUAGAUUUAAUUAUUUCUUCAGAUUCACGAAUCAUAAAAUUGUGGAAUAAGGACACAGGAAAAAUAUUUACUUCCAUUGAGCCUGAACAUGACAUUAAUGAUGUUUGUCUGUAUCCUAAUUCAGGAAUGCUGUUCACAGCCAAUGAAGCUCCCAAAAUGAACAUCUACUACAUACCUAUUUUGGGUCCUGCUCCCAAAUGGUGCUCAUUCCUUGAUAAUUUGACAGAGGAGUUGGAAGAGAACCCAGAGACGACUGUGUAUGAUGACUAUAAGUUUGUUACAAGAAAAGACCUUGAAAACCUAGGUCUGGCCCAUCUUAUAGGAUCUCCACUCCUCCGAGCAUAUAUGCAUGGCUUUUUCAUGGACAUACGACUGUACCAUAAGGUUAAAAUGAUGGUGAAUCCUUUUGCAUAUGAGGAGUACAGGAGGGAAAAAAUUAGACAGAAGAUAGAAGAAACAAGGGCACAAAGAGUGCAGCUAAAGAAACUGCCUAAGGUUAAUAAAGAACUCGCCCUGAAGUUGAUUGAGGAGGGAGAAGAAGAGUCACAAAAUGCAAGAAAAAAGAAGCAAAAGAAAACGCCUAGCAUUCUUAGUGAUGAUCGCUUCAAAGUCAUGUUUGAGAACCCAGAUUUCCAGGUGGAUGAGAAGAGCGAAGAGUUCAGGCUGCUUAAUCCACUUGUUUCUAAAAUAAGUGAAAAACGAAAGAAGAAAUUAAAGCUUUUAGAGCAAGAAGAAACCCUUAGAGAGGAAGAAGAGGAAGAACCAGAAGGAAAACCAAGUGAUGCCGAAAGUUCUGAGACUUCAGAUGAUGAAAAAGGCUGGGUUGAAGAGGUCAGGAAACAGCGCAGACUUCUACGCCAAGAGGAAAAAGUAAAACGGCAGGAAAGGUUCAAGGAGGAUCAGCAAACAGUAUUGGAACCCAGAUUUUUUGAGAUUAAGGCUGGGGAAGAAUUUAGAAGUUUCAAGGACACUGCCAAAAAACAGAAGUUGAUGAAAAAAACACUUGGAGAUCGCUUGCAGCUUGAAGAGAGAGUUGGUGCGCUUAGCGUACAUGAUACCACUGUAGGAAGCAAACAAGUUACAUUUAAAUUAAAAAAGACAGAGCAACAGCGAAAACAGCAAGAAGCAGAGAAGCAUCAUCACCAAGAGAGGAGAAAACUUAGGCGUUCGGCAGGCCACCUGAAGAGUAAACGAGGAAGAGGACGGCCUUUCUAAUGACUGGGGGGACUUUUCAAAAGGGGAACUUAAGAGAUGUGCUUCCUUUUAUCUAAAUUAUGGACAUAAAUCAUGAGCACCUCAAGUCCUUUUUUUACAGAGAACUGUCUACAGCCUCAUUGUCUUCUAGAGAGAAAAAAAACUCAUGACAAUCUCAUGUUUGGAGCAGAGAUAUUUAUGUUUCUAAUGGAGCUGUAGCUGGUUAUUGUAUAACCUUAUGUGGGAUUCACAUGCAAAUAUUGUUAUGUGAACAGGACUCCAUCAUUUUAUAAUUAAAUUUUAAUAACAAUA